GACUCGGCGCAUCCAUUGCGUGCGGCUUGCUUUUGAAGGAUGGCUUGGUACGAGCGCUCGUUGACCGGAGGUUGAUCUCCUCUCCGGCAAUUCUCAUCUUCUCCAACCCUUCUUGCUCGACGCGGUUCUUUCGUUGCGUCUCUUUCUAUUGUCUAGCCAGUCGUUCCAAAUCUCGUUUGUUUGAGUCGAAAUUAAGUCACGAUGUCGCAAACCUACCGAAUGUUUGCAGCGGCGCUGCUACCGCUGCUGGCCAUGGCCGCAGCAGAAGCUGUGCCGGACCCGAUGGUCACCACUGCUCCGCAGUUGGAGGGAAGGCAGAACGAUCAGACAGUCGUCGGAUAUGUUAACACGCACGGAACCUUCUCCAGUCUCUCCUAUGUUCUGCCCUACCGGCAGGACAUGGUCGCAAAUGGGGACAUACGGACGCUGCUGCACAACCACGGCGCGGAAUUGUGAGAUGCCAACGGGUUGCCUUUCAACGUCACUUCUUCUCGGCGAAUCAGAUACUACGAUAACAUGCACAUCUACUGAUGCUCCGGUAUGCAUUGCCGACCUUGUCUACGACGACUUCAGCGAUGCCACACCGGUGGUUUGGGCUGGCUGCGAUAUGCCCCGCUCCGCCGUUACUUUAUACCGAACCAAUCCUGGUGCUAGUAGCUCGUCGACGACGCGUGACACGACAACCUCAGAUUCCUCCACCUCGGGCCAGACCACCAGCUCAUCAAGCACAUCAAGCCGCCUUACCCCUACCCUUCUCCCUAGCGACGGUGACAAUGGCGGCGAUGGUACCGGUGUCGUCAAAAAGAAGAAGGGCGGCAACGGAUGGAUCGCGGGCGCCGUUAUUGGACCCAUUGCCGGCCUUGCGCUUAUCGGUGCCCUGAUCUUCUACCUCCUCCGCAAGAAGAAGUCCCCACCACCAGCUGCCGCUGCCGCUGCCGCUGCCCAGCAGCAACCACUGAACAUGCCUCCUCCAGAUAUGUCGCACCAGUACCCCGGCCACAUGUCCAUGGUUGGCUCCCCGCCUCCGCAAUAUCAAACAGGCUUCGACCCGUCCAAGGGUCCUGUCGCUGGUGCAGUUCCCGUUGGCGCCCCGAUGGACUCCUCGCAGCAGUACGCGUAUCCCCAGGGACAACCUGGUCAAUAUCCUCCCCAGCAAGGCCAAGAAUAUAAGGGAUACUAUCCACCUCAAGGACAGCCACAGGUGGCGGGCGUGCCACACCCAGGACCGCCGCAGUCUCCGCAACCACAAGCGCCGCCGCAGCAGCAGGCUCCGGCGGCCGAACUGCAGUAAACCUUGUCAGCGGUCAGGCGUGCGGUGGUGUCACAAGUGACAAGUAGUCGGACCUAGGUCCGGUCGAUAGGUGUUUUCGGCUGGUUGGUAUCAAUUUGCAAGCGUCUUGCACGUGGAGCCCUUCAUUUCAAAAUCACAUUUAUGAUUCUCAUAUCGUGUAUUAAUUCAG